CAGCAGUCCGAUUGAGGAUCACUGGUACAAUAUUUUGCAGCAUCCGUUGCGAUGUAGUUCGCGAUCGGAUCAGAAAAACAUGUUCUUACUUCGGUUGACUGGAUUUAAUAUCAAGUUUCGAUCUAGUAAGCUCAACAGAGUUUCUGAUUUGUUAAUCGCAUAUAGGCGUAGGCAUACGAGUCUAGUUUCCACGAGAGACAUCUCUCAUGGACUCGUCUCUCCGGAUGAGUAGGGGAGAGGGAGAAAGCGUUAUAUAUAGAAACGGAUGGUCCAUCGGAAUCAAUCCGCAGUAUUCUAUUCGUUGUCCCGUUCACGCUCGUAUCUCAUCGCGACGUGUUCUGAAAAAUGCACCGUCUGUCCUCAGUACUCGUUAUAUGUUUAUUAACAAAAACAACGUUUGCUACUUUUACAGGGAGUAAUUCUAGAUGGCAUGGAGUGUCUAAUUAUGGAGCUACAAAUUAUAGCUCCAGCGCCAAUAACGCACAGAUUCGUCAAGAUUUCUCACCUUUUGGAUCGCUUUCCUCUUAUGGAAAUAACGGCGGUCUUCACAUAAAAUUAGAUCAAAAAUUAAAUAUGGAAAAUGUUCAUACAUACUCUCAACCUAUAUCGAUUAGCAAACACGUAGAAGUUACGAAGCCAAUGAUAGUGCCAAUCGUAAAGAACAUUGGAGUUCCAGUGGCGCAGCCCGUGCCAAUUCACGUGCCUCAUCCUGUAGCAGUAACUGUUGCUCAGCCCUAUCCUGUUCAAGUUCCAGUUGCCCAGCCUAUCCCUGUACCGAUCGUGAAAACCAUCGCGAUUCCGGUCGAGAAGAAGGUGCCGUAUCCGAUAGAGAAAAUCGUACCAGUACCCGUGGAAAAGCUGAUGCCAAUAACUAUAGAGAAACAUGUGCCUGUUCCAAUAGAGAAGCCAUAUCCGAUUUAUAUACCAGUCUACAAACAUAUCUUCCACCGGAGAACGAGGAAACACCGCCGUCGUCGAGUAUAUUAAGUGUUAUAAUAAUUAAAUGAGACUUCAGAGAGACACGAAUAAUUUUUGUUUCGUGAAGCAUAUUCGUGAAACUAGACGAUGUUGAGUGUGACACUGUAGCAAGCUCGCCACUAUUACUUCUCCGGAGUUAUAGAUACUGCCAAACAAGAGAUUCGUCGUUGUUGAUAAUACGAGAGGCCAAUGUUUAUUUUUUUGUACGCAUUUUCCUAUAGCGCCGAUUUUGUUUAUAGUUGUAGUAUUUUGAUAUAGUUGUUGAGAGAUGUAUAUAUGUGUUGUUUAUUUAUUGCCAAAUAACAAUCUUAUUUAAUAAAGAAAAUUGU